AUGUUUACCUUAUCGCUGAUAGCUACAUUAUUCGCGACCGUUACUGUAGAUAGCUUAAUAUUGUACCAUCCUGUUUAUCCAAAUUAUGUAAUACCUAAGCAUCUGCAGAAUUUUGAAAGAAACGCUCCACCGAGAGUUUUUGUCAGGGAUCCAGAUAUGCCGUCUUCCGGUAUAGUGUUUCUCAGAAAAAAUUCACAACAAAGGCUCCUUAAUUUUCCAGCUGUUGAAUCAAAUCUGCAUGAAAGCAACAAUCGACAAAAGCUUCAUUCAGGUCGAAGUUACUUUGGGCAGCAAAAACUGGAAGCAAUUAAUAAGCCUAUCAUUGCUGCGAACAGCAAACUAUCGAAGAACAUGCCCUCUCGAUUUUACGCUAUUUUCGAUUCCAAAUCGAAGCAAUUCGUGACAAGCAGUGAAUCGAGAUCAUCAAGAUGGGAUGAAAACGAUGAUAAUGAAGCAGCAUCAAUAUCAAUGCCAUAUUAUGAGGGGACUGCUCAACAAAUCUCACCUGAAAAAGGCGCGAAAGUUGCAUUAAUUAACUCGCUUACUGAGAAGCUAAGAACCAGAUCGUCGACUUCGUUUGGGUCAGAUCAAAGACUAAAAUCUGUCAUUUCCAGAAUACCUGAUACUGAGAUUUCAAAUCGGUUCAACUCAGGGUUUAAAAUAUCUGUAAUCGAUAGUGACGCAGUUAUCAAACCACGGAAACUUUAA